AUGCUGUCACCGGUGUCAACCACGCUGUCACUGGUGUCAACCACGCUGUCACUGGUGUCAACCACGCUGUCACCGGUGUCAACCACGCAGUCACCGGUGUCAAACCACGCAGUGUGUCAACACAGCUGUCACCGUGUCAACACGCUGCCCACCGGUGUCAACAACGCUGCCACCGGUGUCACCCACGCUGUCACCGGUGUCAACCACGCUGUCACCGGUGUUAACCAUGCUGUCAACAACGUUGUCACCGGUGUCAACCACGCUGUCUCCGGUGUCAAUCACACUGUGACAGUGUCCACCACGCUGUCACAGCAACAACCACGCUCAUCGGCAUGCACUCACGCUGUCACCAGCUGUACUGAUGAAUAA